AGUUGUGCUCUGCCACACAUGCUCUAUCAUUGCCACUGGGACUAAACUGUGUGCUUGAUCAUGGAAUGGAACCUUGAAGACCAGGAGCCCAGUGAGGUCACAGAACUAUUCUGAUGAUGGCAGAGACUCUGCAAGGAUCAGACAACUCUCAAGCAGGCAUGGAGCAGGGGAAAAGGGGGAUCCUGAGGCACACCAAGAGGGCAUGGACACCUCUGGAUGGGCACCUUCUUCCCAGCUCUGAAGAGGAAAGCCAGUCUGUUACUAGUCAUAUGCACAAAGAUUUCAAACAGGAAAGUAUCCAGCAAUGGCUGGACUCUGGAUUCUUUGUACAUGAAAACCUCCAGCAGCAAGGCAUCAAGUACCAUCAUGUUACUUUGCAUGAACAAGGACAGGUUCAAAUGACCGUGAAAGACUACAUGAGAUCUCUGCAUCAGUUCUCAGGGACUCCUACUUUAUCUCGAGGGACCAGUUUCAAUUCUUGCCAUUCUUCCACAAGUAUACCACAAAGUAUUCCUGAAUGGCUGGAAUUUUGGGAGAAAGAUCCAGUGGAGAUUCUCUUGGAUCUUGGGUUUGGUGUUGAGGAGCCGGACAUCUGUACACAAAUUCCAGCCAGAUUCCUUGGUUGUGGCUCUGCAGCCAGAGGAAUCAACAUGAGUGUUUUCCUUGAUGCUCAGAAGCAACGUAUGGACAUUGAGAAUCCUGACUUGUAUGGCCGGUUUCGACAACUGGAAAUCCUAGACCAUGUAACAAAUGCCUUCUCUUCCUUGCUGAAUGACAUUAACACCCUACAGUGCCAAACUGAGAAGAAAGCUGGAGAACAGAGUAGACAAAGCACCUCAGUAAGUGGAGUUAGCCAGCAUCAGAAAAGAAGACUUUUGAGGAGAGCUUCAAGGCAGGUUAUCAGGAGGGACCUUAACCCAGACACAUCAGAAUCAUUCACAGAGAAUAGAUUUUCCACCUUGCCUGCCAAUCCAUGGGAGUGCGGAGUGCAGUUACCAGUGGCUUCAGUCAACAACACCCAUAGUCCAGUGACUCACUGGGAAGAGCAUGAGUCUAUCAAAGCUUGUUAUGACUUGAUACCUUGUCACCCUCCACAAGCUCUUCUGGGCAAGCAAUGGCUUUGUUCAUCCAUACUGGCUAAGCAUCCUCCUCAUACCUGUGUAUCUGAGGUGUCAGGCAGGAACAGAACUUGGAAGGAGAACUGGAUUCAUAUGAACAAGCUCGAGAACUUGACUCAUCUUACACAUAAAGGACCAGAUUCCUUUGAAAUGGAGGAGGUCCAGAGCUUUGAAGAAGAUAUGUGUAACUCUUCUGAUGUGACUUCAGGAAUUGCAGGCACCAGAGUGUACAGGACAAACAGCUGUCAGUCUGACAGCAGUGGAUUUCUGGAGGAGCUACCAGAGCCAUUGCCCCUACAGAUAUCUUCCUCUCCAGGCAGCCAGAGUCCCACUGAAGGUAGAGGUAGAAAGCCAAGGGAUUGGAGUCAUAGCCCAGUAUCAUUCCAGGAGUUCCAGCAAGAGUCAAAUGACUCUGAUUCCAAAAGUGUGGUGAGCGCAUCUUUGCCAAGCCAAGACCGGAGAAUCUUAGAAGAACAGGAAUCCAUGCUGGUGGAAGCACCUCAGUUUGAGGCCACAGAGGGGACACCAGAGAUGUUCAAUUUAGUUAUGGUCCUCAAAGAAAACAACAGAGAUGCAGAGGAAGAUGCUGAAUACGAGGCCAUAGGAGGCAUAGUCCCUUCCACAUAUACUAACCCUCUGGGGUUUGUGGUUACACCUGUCACAGUAGAGAAGAACAGGUCUCUGAAGCAUGAGGGAGCUGGGGAAGUGCUCAUGCAAAGGUACCACUUUAAAUCACAGAGAUCAUCUGGGAUUGAUCAGACUCCAGAUAAGUUCCCUCAUGUGGAUACUGAGGUCCCAGGAACAGAGGGAAACAGCCAACUCUGUUCUGACACCAGCUAUGACUUAUUGGCUCGACAGAGACCACAACAGCACAUUACCAGGAACAGAGGAGCCAUGCCCUAUAAAGAUAACCUUGUUCAAAAUUCUGAUCAGUCCAUUCCCUGCCUUGACAAACUACCUGGUGAUGUUUCCACUGACUCAAAUGCUGCAAGUUCCAGGUCUGUGAUGAGCCAGAUGUCCUCCAAUCUGGUGUCAGCUGCUAAGAGUGAUUACAGAGGAACAGUUUUGGAAUGCACUCCAUGUGACCCUAUUACUGCCACAGUAGUGAGACCAUGGGCAGAAGAGAAGCAGGUCAAUGACAUUUCUGUUCAGACUCAUGCAUGGGAAUCUCAAGCCUGCCAUAGACGUUCACCCUCCCACAGUAAGGUUUUCACUCACAGGCACAGACCCCUCACCAAAUCUGUUUCUUUGGACAGAGGCUUCCCUAGCACCUACCCAACAGGAAUCUGCCAUAUCAAGUCUUCCCACUACUAUUGUCAUCAUUGUCCCCAUUACCAGGGGGAGAGGCAAAGUCCUGGCCUGGCACCCUCCAUCCAUGGGCAUUGCCCAUGCCCACAUGCAGAGCAUCCAGAAGCCAGCUUCAUGAAGUCCUUGAAAGUCCUUCAGGAUACUAUGAGGGAGCUAUGCUCUUGCACAGUCCGUGACAUGGAAGCCAUGAAGACAGUGUGCCAAAGUUUCCAGAAGCAUUUGGAGGAAAUUGAACAGCACCUUAAGGGACAGCAGGCAUUCUAUUUGAGGGACAUUUCAGAGGAGGAAAGAGAGGAGGCCAAGCAACUACAAGCUUUAAGAGAGGCCUUGAGGCAGCAAGUGGCUGAGCUGGCAUUUCAGUUGGGGGAUCGAGCUUGGCAAAUCCGAGAAGGAAUCUUACAGCAGCUGGAACUUCUCGCAGGGAAGCCAUCGGGUUACUACACAAAUCUGCAGCAACAUGACUGGGAAGGAAGAGGAUAUGUCCAGAGUUUAUGUACCCAAAACCUCUCUGUGGUCCCUGAGUCUUCCUUUCCUCCAACCAUGAAUGAGCAGGAUCCCUGCUCAGAGGAGACCCAGCUGGCUGCCCUCACUCCACCUUCCUUGGGGACUACAAUCAGGAUUUCUCCCCUGUUACCAGUUAAGACAGAUUCACAUUAAGUCCCUUUGCCAACUGUUUCUGAUGGAGAUAAGGAUAGAAAUCUCCUCUAGAUAAGAGUGGGCUUGAUGGCCUUUGUGCAAAAUGGAAAAACCCAGAAAAGGUAUAACAAGGAGAUCUAAC